AAUGGUGUUUCCUCUUAUCUGCAUAUGUGUAUUUGCUCACUGACUCAACCCAUGGACUGCACAGACAACACAAAAGAACCGCAAGAGGAUAUGAAGACAGCUGGUUUAAAAGCGACUGGGGAGAAGGAGGAGAGGUCCAGCCAUGGCUAUGCUCCGGAUCACAGCUCUACUGCUCCUACUUGGCCUGUGCCACUCGAACCCUCCUCGCUGCUCGUACUGGAAGCUCUGGGACUACCUGAACCUCACCACCAGCAACACUUUUGUGGCAAACGUCCGUCCAGUUCGGUCCUGGACAGAAAUUACAAAAGUCAAAAUUGAGAUGAUCCUGUACAGCAUUUUAUACGUGGAUGAGAAGUCUCAAACUGUUCAAGGACACACCUGGACCACUAUGCUUUGGUCCAAUGAGUUCGUGAACUGGAACUCUUCACAAUUCUGCGGCAUCGACGUCAUCACCGUCCCUCGCUCCCUGCUCUGGAUCCCCGACAUUCACAUCCAAGAGGACGCGUCAGACACCGGCAGUUCUUACGACAGUCCUUAUGUGAACCUGUAUCCGGACGGCUGGGCCAUGACCACGUCCAGGCAGCUCCUGACCUUCACCUGUCAGCUCGACCUCAACAUGUUCCCCUUCGACGACCAGAAAUGUGACAUCACCUUCUCCUCUAUGACUGCAAGCGCCGAGGCCAUACUUCUGAGCUCACAGGGCAACGGCACACAGCUGACCAACCAGUCCAAAGAGGUCAUCAUCACUCAGGGCGAAUGGGACCUGAAACACAUCCAGAUCAAGACCAUUUUGAGAACAAUGCCCGACAACAAGACGCAAAGUGCACUCGUCUACAGGGUCAGUCUGAACCGCAGACCCAUGCUGUAUGUUAUAAACUUCAUAAUUCCGCUCUUCUACUUCCUGCUUCUGGAUUUGGCGUCUUUCUUCAUAAACGAGGAGCGCGGAGAAAAGUUGAGUUUCAAAAUCACCAUCCUCCUCUCCAUCUCUGUGCUGCUGCUCAUUCUCAAAGAUAUGCUGCCCUCUACUGAGAAAACCAUGCCAUGGAUCGCGAAUUACUGCAUUGGGAUCUUCGCUCUGGUGGGCAUCAGCGUUCUGGAGGCCAUGACAAUAAGUUUCCUGCUCAGUUUUGAAGAAAAAGUCAAAAAGCAUCCAAAAUACUGUAGAGACUGUGAGGGCAGCAUUCAUCUGGAGAGAACCAACUCCAAAGACCCUCUUGUUCUGACUGUGGAAGGUAAACUGACAAAGGCCAGUCCUCCUCCAGUGAGCGGCACGACUGAGUCUAUUCUACUUCAUCAAAUUCUCUAUGAAAUCAAAUCCACGAAAGGGGAUCUGGAAUGUCCAAAAGGCGUGAAGACCAAACCCCGGUUUGGAAAGCUGGCUCAUUUCAUUGAUCAAGUUUUUUUCCUGUUAUACUUCCUGACAGUUUGCACCUUCCUUGUUUAUAUGUACGUGGUGUGGGCCAGACGCUAUUUUGAUAUGUAAUAAUAAUGCUUAACUUUUCUGGUAGGG